AUGGCUCCUGAACGCGGACUGUCAUCUCUAUCUACUGAUGCUGAGGCUCCGGAUAAAUGGUCCACGACAGCUGCCUCCGCUAAGCAGAGGCUCGAUAAUUACGUUCCUCAAGAAGGUAGACCCGAUGGCAAAUUGGUCGUGGCUUUAAAGGCCUUCUUGGAUUAUCUUCCCAAAGGAGGGAGAGCAUCGAUUGCCCGAGAUAUCCUCGACAGCAAAGAUGAUCAGGAGCUUUAUCAGGUCUUCUCUAAUCUUCUCACCGGACUGCUUGCCCCCCAAUCAGUAAAGUUCGAGCAUGUGGCCUCGACACUUUCAGGAACGCAGAGCCGCGAGGAUCAGUUCCGAACUGAUGUAUUUUGUCGGGAUAGGCAACGCUGCGUUCAAACCAACUUCACGCAUCGUUCGCACUGGGUCGAGAUUGGAUCGCUGGAAGAUGAUUCUUGGGCAUACCUAGAAGGCGUCCAUAUCAUUCCCUUUUCUAUGGGGUCAGAAAACAGUAGUCAUUUGGAGCACGAUAGAGCAAUGAUGUGGGAGGUUUUGUAUAGGUAUUUUCCAGCUGUCCGACACACAGGGAUUGCUGUCGCGACAAUCAACGAUCCUUCGAAUGGAAUCACCCUUACAGACUUCGCUCAUAAGGAGUUCGCCAAAUGCCAUUGCGCGCUUAAGAAGACGGAUGUUCCAAACAAGUACGGAUUCAAUGUCUAUAACAGCUGCGCUCAUCCUUACAGGCGACUGCUCCCAUCUGGUCCAAUCCAAUUCGAACGAGCCGAAGAUGCUACCGAUGUGCCUUUCCCGCACCCGGAUCUUCUCGACUGCCACUAUAGGAUAGCUGAGAUCCUUAAUGCAUCUGGGAUGGGGGAAGAGAUCGAUCGAAAGCUUGACGACUGGGAUAAAAUGAAGAGAAGCAUGCCCGAUGGAUGCUUGAAUGAGGAUGGAAGCACGAAUGUUGCAGAUAUCUUACGAACUGCCUUGUGGCAAAAAGUCAUGGGGUAAUAAUAAUGAUGAUAAUAC